AUGGAGUCCGAACUCCCCGAUGAAUACGAUAGAUCACCGGAAACAUUCCACUUUCUUUUGAGAUUGCUCCCCUCCCAAGAGGCCAUUGGGACCGUUCGGGUGUACCCCUUGAAACACCCUGAUACGCCCACUGAUACCGGUACGCAAAAGGAAGAUGCACAUGGAUCGGCUGCAGCGUACCCCACUUUCGCACUUGGACGACUCUGUGUGCUUGAGCAGUAUCGAAAAUACAAGUUUGGCCACAAACUCGUCCAGCAGGCCCAUUCGUUCAUUCGAAAUCGAUUGUUAGCUUCGAGAGCGCAUGCUCGGGACAGUAGCUCCGAAUCAAAUGAGAUUCUCGGAGAAUUUAUCAUUCAUGCCCAAGUUCAGGUGAAAGGAUUCUACUUGAAGAAUGGAUAUACUCCUUUUGGAGAUAUCUUUGAUGAAGACGGUAUGGACCACCAGUUAAUGAGGUACUGGAUCUUGGAAUAGAAAGAAAUAUCGGCAUUUGUGUCCAGUGCUUAAAUAUUUCAUGGCUUUUCAUAAACAUCUACCCUUCUUCGGAGUCCUAUAACAACUACAGUGCCAAGCUGUACUGGUCUUCGAAACCCAAUCUUU